CGUGACCGUAUUUUGAUUAUCCAGGAACUGUAUGAGUGAGUAGAUGACGUGGAGCACGCGCAGGAUCCGUUUUAAACCCCAUGUUAUUGGAAUAUGAGUGCUUGGGUAUAGCUGUUAUAUUUCCUGUAGUGGACGAGAGGAUUGACACUCAGUAACGAGCUGUUGUUAAAGGUCGAGAGGACUGAGAGGACUGACUGCUCCGCUUGUCAGGUUGUCACUGCUUAACAUCUCACUCUGAUCUCACAACAUGGCUGAUGAACUGAAGUUUCAAGAGUUCGAGGAGGCUACAGAUCUCCUGUCUAGUGACCCGGGUGCCUCCACAAUCAGCAUCUCCACUCCUGGAACCGCUGGUGCAGCUGCUGCCUCUUCCACAGCGGUCAGACUGAACCUGUCAGAUGAUGAGGAGAACCAGCAGGAGAGCUCUGGGUUACUCGGAAGUGAGAAGAAAAGCAGUGGCUUCUGGACAUUUGAAUACUAUCAGUCUUUUUUCAAUGUAGAUACUGUGCAGGUGUUGGACAGGAUCAAAGGGUCAGUGAUACCUUUACCAGGACGAAAUUUCGUCAAACAUCACAUUCGCAGUAACCCAGAUUUAUAUGGGCCAUUCUGGAUAUGUGUGUCUCUUGUUUUUUCUGUGGCCAUUAGUGGGAACCUCUCUACCUUUCUGACUCAGAAGGGUGACCCUCAAUAUCACUAUAGACCACAGUUCCACACAGUGACCAUUGCAGCAGUUGCUGUGUUCCUGUACGCAUGGCUCGUACCGCUGGGUGUGUGGGGCUUCAUGACUUGGCGACAGAGCGCCUCACGACAGAUGAGCGCUUAUUCUUUUCUGGAGACAGUGUGUGUCUAUGGCUAUUCACUCUUCAUUUACAUUCCUACUUCGAUCUUAUGGACUGUUUCAUAUGAAUGGCUGCAGUGGCUCUUGAUUCUGAUCGCCAUGUUAGUCUCUGGCUCCGUGUUGGUCAUCACCUUUUGGCCAGCGGUCCGUGAUGACACCAGAGUGACUGCUUUCUCCGUUAUGGCAGCCAUCGUGCUGCUCCAUGCUCUGCUGGCCAUCGGCUGCAAGUUGUACUUCUUCCCAGCAGCAGCGCAAAUACAACCAUCCAGCUCUGUACAGAAUCAUACGGCCGUGACCAAUCAAAGCAAACCAAACUAACCAGCCCAAUGAGCUCGGGUUAGGGGGAAAACCCCCUUUUUGUUAAUGCACUACUGAUUUAACAGCUCAUAAGCAAUAUGGUGAUGGAUAUAACUUCAGCAGCUGUGGACUCGAAUUUCUUCGGGGAACCGGAAAUAAUUUUUUUUUUUUUUUUUUACUCGGAUGGUAAAGUAUUAUGCAUAUAGAGCUGGGAGAUUUCUACUGCUCUAUACUUGGAUGAAGAGGUUGGGAAACAUGAUAUUCUCUGUUAUUAUAAAUAUAAUAUAAUAUGAACUCGUGAAUUUGCUGUUCUUUUUGAAGUAUAUGGAAAUUAUUGCUGUUCUAGCAGACGCCUUUGUUGGGGGGGGGGGGCGGAUUCUAGGCUUGUGUUGUUAACAAGAAAUGUCAUUUUGGAAGAAGGCUCAAAUGUGAGAGAACUAUGAUUGAAAUGUAUUAUACGUCGGUAACUCCUGACCUAAACGCUCCAACCCAACCAGGAUACGAGCUCUGAUAUCUAUAAUGUGCUGAAAUCAAAAAAAGUGGUUACUCUUGGGUAGUUAUGAUUACAUUGGUGUUUGGCCUUUUUUUUUUUGUUCAUUUAGAAAACUUUGUCAUUGCAGGAAAAAAAAAAGAUCUUUUUGGGGCUGGUUCUGAAUGUUCUGUUCAGGUUCCUUGCUCAUUUUUAAGGGUCAGUAACGUUAUCAUGACAAGGUAAACCAUGGAGUGGAAUGUGGCAUUAGCUUUGGAACCCUAGUAUUAUUUUGUUUAUUUUUUCAUUCUAAACAGUUUCACACUUAUUCAGAUCUAGGAAUGAGUGCCUUUAAAUUUCAUACUUUUGUGUUUUUUUUUUUUUUUGUUUGUUUUUUUUAAGACCUGCUUUGGCUCAAAUAAAGUCUCUACCAUGUGA